GAGCCGGCCUCCAGGAGCCUCCGGAGCCACUGUGCCCCGCGGAGCCAUGUGUCAGGUGGGCGAGGACUACGGGGCGCCCGGGCCGGCGGAGCUGCAGCCGAAGCUGCCUUGGCGCGGCUGUGGGCAGAGAUGCAUGAAGUGCAAGGAGGGUUUGCCUGUCUUAAUCAUCCGUGCCGGAGAUGCUUUCUGCAGAGACUGUUUCAAGGCAUAUUAUAUUCACAAGUUCCGAGCAAUGCUAGGAAAGAAUCGACUCAUCUUCCCAGGAGAGAAGGUCCUUCUUGCAUGGUCUGGUGGUCCCUCCUCCAGCUCAAUGAUCUGGCAAGUCCAAGAGGGUUUGAGUCGAGAAUCUGCGAAGAGGCUCCGCUUUGUGCCAGGCAUCGUCUACAUCGAUGAGGGAGCAGUUUGUGGGCAGAGUCCAGAGGAGAGAGCAAAGACUGUGGCUGAAAUGAAGCUGAUCCUGCAGACAGUUGGCUUCCCAUACCACAUAGUCUCAUUAGAAGAGGUUUUUCACUUACCCACAUCAGUCUUACAGCCUAUCUCCCAGGACCCGAGAAGGUCUGAGAAUACCUACAAGGAAGCUGUGGAUGGCUUCAUCCAACAGCAGCAGCAGCAGCAGCAGCAGAGGCUGCCAGAGGAAGGGGACAAAGAAGCUCUCCUGAGCGAUGAGCAGAUCCAGGAAAAGCUGAGACAGCUUAGCACCCAGGACUCUGUGGAUCAGGAGGAAGUUGCUGGUGACAGCCUCCCCAGAGCAGCAGAAACCUCAGCUUUAAUGACUCUCUUCAACUCAGUGAAGACCCUGACUGCCAAAGAGGAGCUUCUGCAGACCCUUCAGACCCACCUGAUCCUGCACGUAGCUCGGGUGCAAGGCUAUUCCAAGGUGAUGCUGGGUGACAGCUGUACCCGCCUGGCCAUCAAACUCAUGACCAAUCUGGCCCUGGGGAGAGGGGCGUUCCUCGCCUGGGACACAGGCUUCUCGGAUGACCGGCAUGGGGAUGUGGUCAUGCUUCGUCCCAUGCGAGACUACACCUUGAAAGAGAUUGCUUUUUACAACAGGAUGUUUGCAGUCCCCUCGGUCUUCACCCCAGCCAUUGACACCAAGGCCCCGGAAAAGGCAAGUAUCCACCGGCUGAUGGAGAGCUUCAUCCUCAGAUUACAAGCCCAGUUCCCUUCCACCAUCAGCACUGUAUACAGGACGAGCGAGAAGCUGGUGAAGGCUCCCCGAGGUGGGGACACGGCCGGCGCUGUGACUGCCCGCUGCCUCCUCUGCAUGUGUGCGUUGGACAUUGACAGCAUAGACAGUGCCACUGCAUUUGGAGCCCAGACCUCAGAGUACCUGUCCCAGAAGCCUUCACCUGCCCCUACACUGCCCACGGGGGCUCCCGGGAGGCCCUGCUGCGCCGGAGGGACCAAGCGGCAGCCAGGCUGUUGCCAAGACACACGGCCGUUGUCCAAGAGGGAGGAGCCUAGAGCCAGCUUCAUUGAGCAGCUCUGCUACAGCUGCCGUGUGAACAUGAAAGAUGUGCCCUCCCUGGAGCCCCUUCCUCCAUACAUCCUGACCGAGUCCCAGUGCCGGAGCCAGAGGGCCUGGGAAAAGCAGGAGAUCCAAGAAUUCUUGUUUGAGGAGAGUGAAGAGGAAGACAAAGAUGAGACCUGAAUGGAUGUUCUUCGCCCCCUUCCUCCCCACUACCAGUUGGAGGGGGUUAGUGGCCAGGCAUCCGUUUUGGAAGAGAAUUGGGAGGCCGGAGGCCUUCACCUCUACCCUUCAUCCCCUUACCUCAGUUUUGGCUGCAUAGCCGGACCCUCCUGAUCCCUGCCUCUACCUCCCCACGUGGGAGGCCACACACACAGUUGGAGGGCCUCCGCUGCCCUGGACAGCCAUUUCCCAGACCCUCUUCUCUGCUCAGCUGCUGAGGGGUGGGGACCACUGGCCUCCGCCCUUAAACACACCCAUCAUCUCCUGGAGCUCCAUGAAGGCUCUUCUCCCCCCCACCCCCCCAAAAAAAGUGGUCAUUCCUGCUAGUCAGAAUGAGGGUGGGAUAUGAGGUAAGAAGAGAGUGACAGAGACAAGCUAGGAGAGGUGAGGCCACAACUCACCGUU